ACAGGCCACUCCCAGCACUCCCUCGUGUGCCUCUGAAUGAUCCCUAUGAUGUAUAAUAAUAAUGACCAGUUCCAGUGUGUGACAGACAUACACAGACUCACUGACUCGCCCGUGAGUCGGUCGGAAUGUACCAUUGAUGUACAAGAGAAGGGGGGAAAGACAUAAGUAGCGCUCACAACGCUAAUGUUACUCUAGGCGCUAUUAACACGCAGUUUGCGCCUUUCACGUUUGUACUCCGGCGCCGCCUAAAUACAGUCGAUUGGCCACAUCGGGAGCGACGACCCCACACACGCGUACGAUCGGUCGAACGAUUUAGUUUUUGCCCUUCACUCCAGGAGAAAAGGCACCCAACUUUUAUCGGCCGACUGCUCCACACACCGAGCGAUUGAACAGUGCGCGAGCGACCGAUCUUAAGCUCUGCCAGCAUUAGCCCCACGGCCCCCUCCCUCAGCCCAUUCUGUGCGUAAAAGAAGAGACCGGUCUCUGUUUCCAUGGCAACCGGCAGCACGUCACGUUCCACGCCCCGUAUCUUUGACUCCCGCACCGCAUCCCUGGGCACAACGGCCUGAGCCACACGGACCCUCUAGUGUAAGGGAUGCCUCCCCCCGGCCUCCCCGCGACACAUGGAGCCUCGCCUGUUACAACUCGCGCUGCUCACCAACAUGACGGCUCUGGGCAGCCCCGGGGCCGGAGGGGGAGCGGUGACGUCUCCAGGAGGCGCAAGAGAUGGCAACGAGCUCACAGGCACUUCCUCGCCGUCACCCGGAGCCAACCGCAGCACCCAGGAGCCCGGGCCGGCAGAGGAGACCGAGGGGAGCCCCUUGUUACACGGGGUAUCGGUGGCUUGCCAGGCCCUCCUGCUCCUCGCCAUCUUCCUUCUCUCCUGCCUGGGCAACUGCGCCGUUAUCCUGGUGAUCGCUAAACACCGCCAGCUGCGCACCGUCACCAACGCCUUCAUCCUGUCCCUGUCCGUGUCCGACCUGCUGGCCGCCCUCCUCUGUCUGCCCUUCUCUUUCCUGCUGCUCCUCAGGGGCGGGGCCUGGCCCUUCGGGGACCGCCUGUGCUUGGCUAGUGGUUUCCUCAAUUGCUGCUUUGGAAUUGUGUCCAGCCUCACCAUGACCCUCAUCUCCAUGGACCGCUAUUACGCCAUUGUGCGACAGCCGCAAGGCAAGAUCGGCCGGGUCCGGGCACUGCAGCUGCUCCUGGCUGCUUGGCUCCUCGCCCUGGCCUUCUCUGUGCCCUGGUUUGUGCUGGCCCGGGAGCAGUGGCUGCUGCAGAGGAAGGGCCACUAUCACUGCCUCUAUGUGUUCCACUCUGUGAGCUCCAGGGUGGGGGCGGCCUACUCCAUCUCCCUCAUUGUGCUCUGCUACCUCUUGCCCUUUGCCCUCAUGUGUUUCUGCCACUAUAAUAUCUGCAAGGCCGUCAGGUUAUCCGAGAUCCGCGUCCGACCCGUCACCACCUAUGCGCACCUGCUUCGCUUCUACAGCGAGAUGAGGACGGCCACCACUGUGCUCAUCAUGAUUGUGUUCAUUAUCUGCUGCUGGGGCCCCUACUGUAUCAUGGGACUGGUGGCUGCGGCCGGGGACUACCCCUUCACCCCCUUAAUGGACACUGUGGCUAUCUGGAUGGCUUGGGCUAAUGGGGCCAUCAAUCCACUCAUUUACGCCAUUCGCAACCCCAAUAUCUCCAUGCUAUUAGGCCGCAACCGCGAGGAGGGCUACAGGACUAGGAACAUUGCCGCCUAUCUGUGCACCCAGGGUCAAAGCAGAGAAGUCCGAGGCCGAAACGAUCCAAUCCGUGACCGUUACAGUAACAGACAUGCGCAGUGCAGCAGAGUGUCCUCGUGUAGCCCGGCCAAUGGUGGAGACGUGGCCAUGUGGGCCUGUAAGAACCCAACUGUGCUCUUCUGCAGGGACGGACAGCCGGACACUGUGACUGACAAUAGUACAGGGAUUAAGCCAGAGACAGUCGACACAAGCCUUUGAUGCGGCCAACUAGACAUUCUCCAAGCAAGCCAGAUGUCACCAAGUUAGCCCCUCACUCACUGUAAUGGCACGUUGUUUGGCCAAAAGACUUUGCUCUAUUGUCUAAAAGAAUCCUCACUGCCAAACAGGGUUGCCAGGUCUAAUUUUCAAAACCAGCCAAAGUCAGCUACAAAACCAGCCCAAAACUAGCCAAGAGGCACUACAAAAGUAGGCCAAAAAUAGCACAAUAUGUGCAAUGAAAAGAAUUCUAAAAAAAUGAAUGAAUUUAUGUGAGGAAAGCCACCAGAAAACGCAAGAAUGCUUAAGGGUAAGGACUCUUCUUUGGGGCGACUAAUCUCCCCGAACUGCUUCCCUGUGUCUUCCGCCUGCUCUAAUGAAAAAAACACCUGCGGCAUGACACUCACUGCGCUUUGUUUUCCAAAGUUGCCCAAAGUUUCCGUGUGAGGCAACUUCGUCAAAAUGAAGCGACGCGAGUGUCAUGCCGCAAGCGUUUUUUCAUUCUAGCAGGCGGAAGACACGGGGAAACAGUUCAGGGAGAUUAGUCGCCCCAAAGA